GUAAAAUAGUAUUUUCAUGCGGGAGUUUCCUCCGCACCAAUGUAUAAAAAAGGGCUCAUUUUCGACCGACUAGAAUGUCAAAAAAGCAGGAAGCGAAAGAGUCUCUGAAAAUUCGAGGCGGCGUAUCCGUUGAAAUUUCUCAAGCUUGAUCUCAUCAUCUCUUAUAUCAGGCUCUGUCAAUAACUUUCGACAUCGUCACGCGCGCUCGCUAAGUAAAUGUUCGUUCAUGGUCUGAAAGGUGGCGAAUCCAAGCGGAGACGACCGUGAGAAGGACGGCGGUGUCGAGGAGGAGAACGAGGAGAGAGACUUCCAUGCAUGGCUCAACUACCGGCCGCCGUCACUGCCUCCUGAGGGCUCUUUUGCUUCCGGCCCUUCAGCGUCGUCAUUCAGCAGGGAGCAAGAGAUGUCCAUAAUGGUUUCUGCUCUACGCCGCGUCGUGUCUGGAGAAGUGUUGUCGGGCGAUGAUCAGCAACAGCAGUUCAAUUUGAGCGGAGGGUACGGGCCGGCAGCGUUACUUGGCCGGUCCAGCUCUUUGGAUUCCGUCGGUGUCGGACAAAAGAGAGGAAGGGGAGAUUCGACCUCGUCAUCUGAGUUCUUGGUAUCUCAGGAUUCGGUAGCUCUUGGCGGUUUUCCGCAGGCAGGCUCAUCGUCAUCUUCUGAUGCCAGAGGUCAUGCAGGCUCAACAACUGUUGAGACAGCAAAAGCAGAUACAGCACAUGGUACUGCUCCAAAAUAUGAAUACGCCUAUGAGGCCCCGACGACGAUGGCAGCAUCAAGGUUGGACCCGACUGUGAGGAGGAAAUACAGAGGAGUGAGACAGAGGCCGUGGGGGAAGUGGGCGGCCGAGAUCCGAGACCCUUUCAAGGCCUCGAGGGUGUGGCUCGGCACGUUUGACACGGCUGAGGGGGCGGCUCGUGCCUACGACCGGGCUGCCCUCCAGUUCAGAGGCAGCAAGGCCAAACUCAACUUCCCCGAGAAUGUCCGGCUCCGGCAACAACCUGCUCCUGUGGCCUCCGCAGCCUUUCCGUCGGCAACCCACUUCACCAUUUCCCGAGAGUUGCCGGCUUCUGGCAAUUUCGAUGCCACUGGCUACGACGGGCAGGCUCCUAUGCAGCAGUUUCCUGAAAAUGAUUUUCGCGAAUAUCACCGCGAUGUUGCUGCUCAUCAGGAACGACUGCAGGGACGAACCAUGAGUUUGUACGAGCAGAUGCUGUUGUCCAACUCUUCGUUCGGGAGUCAGUUUCAGCCAGCUUUCUCGCUCUCUCCUUCUUCUUCAUCAUCAUCGAGUUCAGUGCUCGCGCGGUCUCCAAACUCCUCUCUUUUCAUGCCUUCUCCGCCGAACGUGACCUCGAGGUCCCAAGAGAGUCGGAGAGGCAGCGGCGACGGGGCGGCCGUCUUUUCUCAGCAUCCCUGGACAGAUUCCAGCCAUUACAGUUCUUCUUCAGGAUAGGAUUCCUCCUCCUCUUUUUCUAUUCUUUCCCUUUUGAAAUCACAGUUGUAUUCAGUUCCAUUUUGCUGUUGUGCGUGGCCAUUUUUACAUUGAAAAGAACGAUAGAAGUAGAGAGAUUUUCCA